ACCAGAGGUGCGUUCAGUUCGCUUGAACGUUUGCUACGUUGCAGAACGGUUUGUACUGAACGACACGUUUCCCCAAAACGGCAUUGUACGACUUAAGCCAACUAACUAUAAGGAAGGGUUAUGUUUGCUACCGUUUGGUGAUGUGGCGACUGGCCAUACUGACAGGGUUCCCCUACCCAUAACCCUUCCCCGUUAAUCAACCGGUCGCUCGGUACACCGGCAUUUCAGUUCAAUUAAAAGUUUCAGAACGUAAAAACGUACUGAACGCAGCCCUUGAUUCGCUUGACAAGCAGCUGAACAAUUUGGAAACUUUCCCGAACUAACUCAAAGACAAAAGGAAAAAUUUACUAAAAGUAGGGCCUACGUCGUUAUUUUCUCUUUUAUAAACGUGUCUAGGUGUUCAAAUGUGGAAUUAUUGAUGGCUUCACGGUAUGAAAUCCAACGGAGGGCCGGUGGUGGAUCAGCGAACGCUUCCCCGGCUCUGGGGGCACAGUCUCGCCGCAGGAAGAUGCCGCCCAGACCCGCCGAUUAUAAACUUCAGAUCAUUAUCAUCGGUUCCCGUGGAGUAGGCAAAACCAGUCUAAUGGAGAGGUUUACCGACGACACCUUCUGUGAAGCAUGUAAAUCAACCGUCGGAGUAGAUUUUAAGAUCAAGACGGUGGAGCUGAGAGGGAAGAAGAUCAGGUUGCAGAUCUGGGAUACAGCUGGUCAGGAGAGGUUCAACAGUAUAACCUCAGCCUACUACCGUGGUGCCAAAGGCAUAGUACUGGUCUAUGACAUCACCAAGCAGGAAACGUUUGACGACCUUCCCAAGUGGAUGAAGAUGAUCGACAAGUAUGCUUCAGAAGAGGCAGAGCUGCUGCUGGUGGGGAACAAGCUGGACUGUGAGACGGACCGCAUCAUCACUAAACAGACUGCGGAGAGGUUUACCUCCAGGAUAUCUGGGAUGCGUUUCUGCGAGGCUAGUGCCAAGGAUAACUUUAACGUGGACGAGUGCUUUCUGAAACUAGUGGACGACAUUCUAGCAAAGAUGCCUCUAGAGAUUCCCAACAGGAAGCUCUCCAACAGCAUCCUGUCUCUGCAGCCUGAACCAGAAGUGCCUCCCGAGCUCAACCCGCCACGCAUGCACUGUUGCUGAGAUGACUCCCCUCUCAACUCUCCACCACACCCCCCUGGACUACACCCCCUGGACUACACCCCCCUGGACUACACCCCCCUGGACUACACCCCCUGGACUAC